AUGGAGCCAGCUGGCCUUGCUGUUGGCGUUCUUGCCCUCGCCGGGUUAUUCAACAACGCCGUUCAGUGUUUCGAGUAUAUCCAACUGGGUCGUGGCUUCGGCUCCAAGUUUCAAACCUGCCAGCUCAGGCUAGACUGCGCCCAACUCCGUCUAUCGCGAUGGGGCAGGUCGCUGGGCUUAGACGUCGCACAACCCCAGCAAACGCUGCCCGAUUUCCCUGGGUCUCCUGAAGAAGUCAAACUUGCAGAGGGGCUUCUAGGGCAAAUCCUAGACUUAUUUGAAAUUGCCGAGUUUCGUUCAUCCCAAUUCAAAAAGCGAGCAAGUCCUGAUGAUGAUACCCUCGCAACUUACGAUUCUCAAACAGACCUAGAACCGACCUUUGGAUUCAUCCACAGAGUUAUGCGCAAGUUAGCUAUUGAUACCCAGAAGCAAGCGACCCUAAAAGAGAAGACGAAGUGGGCAUUGUAUGAGGAAAAUGCGUUAGGACGGCUUAUCGAAGAUAUCACGAAGCAUGUUGAGGACCUAAUAAACCUAUUUCCUACUGCCAAACCACGCCAGCAAGAGCUUUGUAAAGCCGAAGUCUCCGAGAUCGAAGUACAUGAAGCGGGAGCACGGGUUUUGAGGGAGAUCGCGGCCCAGCAAGACAAGUUACUGGAGACCAUGCUCAUGAAGUCCGGCAACAACAGCGCGCAGCCACAGCCAGCCAUAAGUGCUGUAUUUUCCGGUUCCAACAACAAAGGCGUUCAGCUUGCAAGCAACUCUGGUACAUACACCAUGGGUAACAUGACGUUCGGGAAGGACUAA